AUGUCCGCCCAUCCACAGCCUUCGCCGCCUGGAGGUAUCCAUCCCCACCAUGGUCCCCUCCCUGCCCAUCCCCAGGUCAACGGCCACGUGCCCAUUCAGGGCCAGCAGCAGCAGCAGCAGCAACAGCAGCAACAGCAGCAACAACAGCAACAACAGCAGCAACAACAACAGCAGCCGCCCCAACAACAACCGCAGCAGCCGCCUCAGAAACCCAUUCCAAGCCCUGUCGCGCAGAAAAUUGCUAUGCUUAAUGAGGGAGUGUGGUUGCAGAUUGGAAGUUUAUCCGAAUUGAUGGGUGAUCUGGAUGGCGCUAUGAGCGCAUACGAGCAGGCCCUUAGACAUAACCAGUGGUCCAUUCCCGCUAUGAGUGCCAUCUCUUGCAUAUUGCGCACGAGGGAACAGUUUCAGAAGGCUAUUGAGUAUCUGCAGACUAUUAUCAAACUGGAUCCCACUAGUGGGGAGUCUUGGGGAAGUCUAGGACACUGCCAUCUUAUGAUUGACAACCUGCAAGAGGCAUAUACUUCCUAUCAACAGGCGCUGUAUCAUCUGAGGGAUCCCCAAGAACCGAAACUAUGGUAUGGAAUCGGCAUUCUGUACGAUCGAUAUGGCUCCCUCGACCACGCGGAGGAGGCUUUUUCUCAGGUCAUGCGCAUGCAACCUGAUUUUGAGAAGGCAAACGAGAUCUACUUCAGACUUGGCAUAAUAUACAAGCAGCAGCAGAAAUUCAACCAGAGUUUAGAGUGCUUCAAAUAUAUCGUCACGGAUCCCCCCCGUCCCCUCACCGAGGAAGAUAUCUGGUUCCAGAUCGGCCAUGUCCAUGAACAACAGAAAGACUACGACUCCGCCAAGGCUGCUUACAGACGGGUACUGGACCGGGAUCCCAAUCACGCAAAGGUACUACAACAGCUCGGAUGGCUCCACCACCAGCAGAGCAAUAGUUAUAGCAGUCAGGAACAAGCCAUCGAAUACCUAGAGAAGUCUGUCAAAGCAGAUAACGGCGACGCUCAGAGCUGGUAUCUUCUUGGACGGUGCUACAUGUCCCAAGCGAAAUAUCCUAAAGCAUAUGAGGCUUAUCAGCAAGCGGUCUACCGUGAUGGACGGAACCCUACAUUCUGGUGCUCGAUCGGCGUGCUGUACUAUCAAAUCAACCAAUAUCGUGAUGCGCUUGAUGCUUAUUCCCGAGCUAUCCGUUUGAACCCUUAUAUUUCUGAAGUAUGGUAUGAUUUAGGAACCUUGUAUGAAUCUUGCAAUAACCAAACAAAUGAUGCCUUGGAUGCUUAUCGACGUGCCGCGGAGCUAGACCCGACCAAUGUUCACAUUAAAGCCAGGCUCCAACUCCUUCAAAGUGGCCAGGCAGGUAGUGCUAACCAGGGUAAUGCUCCGGUUCCUCAAGAUGUCAAUCCGCACACAUAUCAAACACCGGGCGUAGGCAUUCCUCCUGGACAUCAAUGGGGACCUCCAACUGGUGGUCCACCGUCACAAGGCCCGGCCCCUGCUGGUCGUAUUGACAAUUGGGCUCGAGGUGUGAACGAUCAGGGACCUCAACAACGCCCUGCCCCCUUUGACGGCCGUGAGGGUCCACGAGGCCCUCCUGGCCCACACAGUCCGCGACAGGAGCACCAAUCACUCCCAUAUCCAGAACAAUCGCAACACCCCGGUGCCCGCAAGGGAGGUGGAAAUGGAGGACUCUCACCAUCACCGAAAUUUCCCAUCGCUGCUCCAAACACAUACUCCGGCCCGCAAACCCUCCCACAACUGGGUCCCUCAUCUCAACAUCAACAUGACCGCAAUCCCACUAACGGUAACGGCAACGGCACGUACAAUGGUGCUGCACGACCUCCCUUAACACAACCUGCUGGCCACGCACAGGUUCCGCAAAAUGGCGCACCACCCACCGGUGGACCGCAGCUGGCACCCUACGUCCGGCCCUACACACCACCAACUGAAGUCCGCCCGCUCCGCGAUGAGCGACCUGGCUCACCAGGUUCGUCAUACCCGCCACACCAAUACCACCCUGGUCCUGGCCCUGUUGGAGCUCCGCAGGGUAUUGCAUCCGGUGCACCGCCUUCACAAUCCUCCAUAAGCGCUGCAGAAGCUGCUGUGCGUGAUCGAGAGCGUGACCGUGAGCGCGAAGAAAGACCCGCAUCAUCUAUGAAGAGGGGACGCGAAUGGGAACCCGAUCCGGGCCCUGGCAAUGGGCCCCCGAAGAAAAUUGCGAAUGAGGAGAGUCGGGCAAGGCUCGAUGAGGGGGGCCAGUCUGUUUUGGCAAUGGGGAGGAGAUUGUCACCCCCUGGACAACAGGUUGGGGUGGGUAGGGAGAGAGAUAGAGAUCGGGAGCAAUUGCCAUCGCCGAGAGAUUUGAGAAGAAGGGAUUCGGGCGAGGGACAGCAGGGGAGAGAUGAACAGCGUCGUGCUGGUGGACAUGGACAUGGACAUGGUGGUCUUGAGGGAUAUCAUCCGUCUGAGGUCGCGCAUCAUCCGUCCACUCUUCCUUCUUUUCAGCAUAUGCAGGUACAGGGACAGUCGCAGCCGGGUCAGGGUCAGGGACAACCGCAACAGCAAGGUCCACAACCUGGCCCCGCAAUGGCACCCAUAGCUGAGGGUGGGGCUCAUCAGUCUGGCCCGUUGCCAUCAUUACAGACUGUGGCGACGGGGUCGGGGCCAGGUCCUACGGGCCCAUCGUCGGCCGGAUCGGGUCCUGGCUCCAGUGGGGUCAAGGAGGAUAGGGAUCGGGAGCGGGAGAGGGGUAAAGAUGGUCGGGAUCAGGUAUUGGGACAAGGGUCGGGAUCUGUUUUGCAUGAGCCGCCGGCGAGGAAGAUGGACGUGGAUGAGGAUUAUGAUGAUGAGGGAGAGGAGGGAGAGGGGAGGGAAGGAGAGAGGGAGAAGGGGACUAGAGCGAGUCCGAGAGGUGGUGGAGGGCGAGGAGAUGCUAAGGGGGAGAGGAGAAAUGGUGAGAUGAAGGGUGAGUGA